UCAAAGUGCUUAACGCCGACUGAUCGGAACACACUCACCCAGGGCCACGUUUUUGUUCCAGUUUCAAGGCCUUUUGUACACGCGUUGUCUUCACAUGUAUCCUUCUUGCAUGGCGCCUGACCCUGACGCUACUGUUCGGCGCUUACACCCAUUUUAAGAUGCGGUACAUGGUUUCCGUUGUCACUUUUCAUCUCUCUGUCUCUCUCUCUGCUUGCCUAUGACUCUAUGAGUAGAGUCUCGGCCUUAGUAAAUCCAUAGUCCGUGCAACCCCUACUCCAUUUCUGGCUUACCCAUUCUUCAAUGGCGAAUUCAUCGGCAAAUAAUCGCUUUGUUUUAAAUGUCAGCUCGGUGGCGGUCUUGCUCUUGCUAAUGCUAUUCGAAGGCAUCGGAGGCGGUGGAGCAGUUCGAUUGGAAAGGUGGGAUUCCGGGAUCAAAAUGUCGACGCAGAGGGAAGAGGGGGAAGAGGACGGAGAGGGAGUCGGCACGACUUGGGCCGUUCUCGUCGCCGGUUCUUCGGGUUUCGGGAAUUAUCGGCACCAGGCGGACGUCUGCCAUGCUUAUCAACUGCUGAGGAAAGGAGGGUUGAAGGAGGAGAACAUAGUGGUGUUCAUGUACGAUGACAUUGCCUACAGUGAGUUCAAUCCCAAGCCAGGUGUCAUCAUCAACCAUCCCCAAGGUCCUGAUGUCUAUGCUGGCGUUCCUAAGGACUAUACUGGAAAGCAUGUCACUGCUAAUAACCUAUAUGCAGUACUUCUUGGCGAUAAGAAUGCUGUACAAGGUGGAAGUGGUAAGGUUAUUGAUAGCAAACCAAAUGACAGAAUCUUCCUGUAUUACUCCGACCACGGAGGCCCAGGUGUGCUUGGAAUGCCUAAUAUGCCUUUCCUCUAUGCUGUUGAUUUCAUUGAGGUAUUGAAGAAGAAACAUGCAGCAGGAACUUACAAAGAGAUGGUUAUAUAUGUAGAAGCUUGUGAGAGUGGGAGUAUUUUUGAAGGUAUGAUGCCUGAAGAUCUCAAUAUUUAUGUAACAACAGCAUCAAAUGCUGAGGAGAGCAGCUUUGGCACUUAUUGUCCUGGAAUGGAACCUUCUCCAUCCCCAGAAUUCCUAACUUGUUUAGGGGACUUGUACAGCGUAGCAUGGAUGGAAGACAGUGAAACUCACAAUCUGAAGAAAGAAACAUUACGACAACAAUAUCAUAAUGUAAAAGACCGAACUUCCAACUAUAACACGUAUUUUGUUGGAUCUCAUGUGAUGGAAUAUGGGAACAGAAGCAUCAAAACUGAGAAGCUCUAUCUGUAUCAAGGUUUUGAUCCUGCCAAUGAGAACCUUAAUCAGAAUACCCUUCACCCCCAUAUGGAAGUUGUUAACCAGAGAGAUGCAGAUCUCCUCUUCUUGUGGCAAAGGUACAAGAAGUCAGAGGAUGGAUCAAAGAAGAAAGAAGCUUUCAAGCGAAUAGCAGAGACAGUAAUGCAUAGGACCCAUAUUGAUGGUAGUGUUGAACUGAUUGGCAAUAUUCUAUUUGGAACAGAAAGAUCUGCUUCCAUCCUCAGUGCAGUGAGGCCAUCUGGGUUGCCCUUGGUUGAUGACUGGGGUUGCCUAAAAGCAAUGGUCCGAUUGUUUGAAUAUCACUGCGGGUCAUUGACUCAAUAUGGGAUGAGGCACAUGCGUGCAUUUGCAAACAUUUGCAACAGUGGAAUCUCAGAGGAUGCAAUGGAGGCAGCAUGUAGGGCUGCCUGUAGCGGACCCCUGUCAGCAGUGUGGAGUCCUUUCACCCGAGGUUAUAGUGCUUGAAUGUAUCAUAAGUUCCAAAGAUUUUCUUAGAAGAAGUAACAGUGCAAAAGUAAAAACUGUUUUGUUUUUUUUGGCUUGUACAAGACUAUAAACUGCCUGUUUAAUUAUGUGGUUAUUAAUACCAGUGAUUUAGUUUAUGUUCAA